GACUCGUUGUUAGAUGACAUAAACAUCGCUGUCAUCACUACUGUCGGUAUCCUCCUCGAAAACAAUGUCUUCCACCUCUUCCCAUUCUUCUUCUUCUUCAUAGCAUCUCUUGCGCUUAUAGGAUCUGCCCCUUUGUUUGAGGAGUGGCGGUGGCGGAGACUUUCGAUCUGGAUUACUUCUAAUUUCAUCCAAGUACCUUACCUCUUUACAGUUGACUUCCUCUUCCAUGCCAACUCAUCUAUCUGUAUAAAUAUACCAUUGAUAUCAUUCGAUAGCCAAUCUAGUGAGGCAUCCGUGGAUGUCAAUGGUGGAAGU